AUGGCCCAAGGGAAUUUGCGGAGAUCAUCUGAUCACUUGAUGGAAGAUCGAGAGGCUGGGGAGUACUAUCGUAAACUGGCGGAAUCCAGCGGCGAAUCCAACUCUCAGAUCGAAAAAAAUGUGGCUUUCAUCCGUGAGCUGAAGGAGUAUUGGAAUAAAGUGCAUGAAUGCGAGGGUUUCGAUAUCGACGGUAUCCAUGCACCACAAGGAAGUAAUCCACUGGUGCGUGUCGACUGCAAAAAGGUCUACAGAUAUCCUGCUUUUGUAGACCUUUACGCUGAGCUUGGACUUCACCAUUACAACUUGUUGGAGGGUACAAACUUUCAAUUCAGUGAGCUAAUCAAAUACAACAUGACAUGUAACUGUCUCUCCUCUUACUAA